UAAUAAUAAUAAUAAUAACAAAUUGUAAGGCGAACAACUUUCAAGAUCUCAUUAUACAUUUGAAACAUGUCGGAUGGAAACUUUGAAUUAUCAGAAUCUCAAGGAAAUACGCUAUCACCCUCUGACCCAAAUGAAGAGACAUCGAAAGUGAAACCGCUUGGUGUAAAUAAUAAAACUCUGUCAAGGUAUUUCGAUAAAAUGCUAGACACGUUAAUCAAUAAAACUGAAAACAAAAAGAUGCUAGAAGAAACUGUUUCAACUCCGAAUGAAAAUGGAAGCGAAAGCCAAUCACCUAAAGAACAAGGACAUGAAGAAACUGGUAAUGAAAAUGGCGUCGGUGUCCUAAGCGGUAGUGGUACUACCAACGGCGUAGACAAACAAAUAACAAUUGAUCCAAUAAGUACUGGUCUAAUUACCAAUAAUGAUCAUGAUGUGACUGUGAAUAAAACCAAUUCUCAAAAUUACGAUGACGAAAGUGAGAAUCAAACCGGUCAAAGGAAUCGAAGUUACACAGUGAAUAUACCCGAUGAGAAACUAAUAAAUAUGCAUGAAAAUCUUUCUAGUAGUUGUUCACAGUUGACUAUGUCUCCACCAUUAUCACUGGGUGAUGAAGUGAAUUCACCUGGAUUGGCUGCAUCGACAGAUGAUCUGCUUAGCUUAGAUCAAUAUGAUCCAUAUGAACAGAGGACAAAAAAUCUAUCAGUCAACGAAUCCCUUGCAUCAUCUUGUUUAAAUAUUAUAUCACAGAAUCAAGAUGGUAGUGAACGAACACGGAAUGAUUCUACUCUAGAAAGAUGGUUAUCUCAGUCAGAGUUAUUGAAACCGGUUACAAAAUUAAAAAAUCCAUUUCCACGAGAUGGUUAUUUUUGGUCAGUUGCACUGUUCAUUAAACUUGGUCGUAGAUUAAUACCAUUGAAUUCUAAAGGCAGAAGUGAUCCUUAUGUGAAAAUUAAGCAUACAGGAAGUGUGUUAGCCAGAAGUCGUAUGGUCCCCAAUAAUAGUAAUCCUGUAUGGGAUGAAAAAUUUUGGUUCCGUUUGUGUAGCUUAGAAUUACCUAUAGAGUUGAAAGUUUAUCAUCGUGAUGCAUUUAAAAAGGAUUCAUAUAUUGGUCGUACAUUAGUCAGUCUCUUGGAUAUUGAAAUGGAUAGAGAAUACGAAUUUGUUUCAAGACUAGAAAAUGAAGUGCAUAAAAUUCCUACUUCAGGUGAAAUUAAAUUCUACAUAACACUUAGCGAAAUUGAUGAAACCUGUUUGGAUAGUUCAGAGUGUAAAAAAUUGAAAAAGAAACUUAAAGAAGAAAAAGCCCGAGCAUUUUCUACAGAUAUCAAUUCACAAAGUCCUCGAGAAGCUUCAUCAACGCAACUAUUAAAUGACAAUUACUCCACUAUUGAGAGCAUUGCUGUACCUUCAGUGUAUUCAGGAUCAACAGCUAGUUUAAUGAGAACCUGGCAAGGUAAUCGAUCAAAUCAUGACUCAAUAGAACUGAACGAUCCAACCGAUGAUCUUCAAAGUGAAGAUGGUCAACAACAAUCACCACUACAAACACCAAAACAAUUAGAGAAAAAUAUUUUAAGCCGUCUUGAAGAUAAAUGGAUACAUGAGAAUCAAUCCCUACUGCUACAACCAAUAUGGCCAUAUUCAUUCUAUGAAGGUACAAAUUUAGAACUAUACACUAAUCGAUAUCAUGGUGGGGAAUUAGAAAGUAUUGAUAAAUUACAUUCGUUGAAUAACGAAAUACAAAUGGAAAGUUUAUUUCAACAAUCUCGAUUAAUUAUCACCUUGGUUGGAGCAAAAAAUCUCAAAUCACGUGGACGUCAAAGAAAUUGUUUUUCAAGUGAUUUAGACAAUAUUAAACUGUCCCGGUUGAAAUCUUUACGUGGUCAUAAUUCAGAGUCUAGUGCAUCUGGAUAUCAUGAUGAUGAAAAGAGCAAUCUACCAUGCCCGAUAGCAAGUUUAACUGUUGGCAUGAAAACACAACAAAGUAAGGCUGUUAUGCAUACAAAAAAUCCUUUAUGGAAUGAAAGAUUUGAAUUUCGUGUGCGUCCUGGUAUGAAAACUGUCCUCCAAUGUGAAGUAUUUGAUGAUUCACAUCAAAAUGGAAAUCUACUUGGUCGAUUUUAUUUAGAAUUUUCAAAACUUGUCCUAGACUGGACAACAUGUUUCACACUGAAAAAUCAAGAAUCACGUUGUCAUGGUGAAUUGCAUAUUUUAGCUACAAUGACUGGUUUAUUACCAAUCGUAGAUUCAUUAAGUCUUCCAUUAUCAUCGAAUACCAUAAGUAGAUCUGGUUCAACAGAUCAAUUAAAACGUGAAACAGAAUCAAUAUAUGGUGAUCUUUCUAAAGAAGGUGUAUCAAAGCUUACACUGGAUCAAAUUCAUGAUUAUUAUAAAGUUAGAAAUACAUUGAAAAAUAGUAACGAUAUCGGUUGGUUACGUGUUGUUGUACAUAGAGCAACUAAUCUACCAGCAAAAGAUCGUAGUGGUAAAUCAAAUGCAUUUUGUGAAAUACGUCUGGUUAAUCGUGUUGUACGAACAUUUACAGCGCCAAAGAAUGCUUAUCCUAUAUGGAAUCAAGCAUUUGUAUUUCCCAUUUCAGAUAUGUAUUCUAUCCUUGAGGUAUACAUAUAUGAAGAAGGCAAAGAGACAUCAGAAAUAACCGGUCGUGUUUCAUUCCCUCUUAUACAACUUGUAAAUCGUCGACAAAAAUGGUAUGCAUUGAAAGACAAAUCGCUGACAACGUUGGCUAAAGGUUCCAUCCUUUUGGAGACUAUUAUUAUAUAUAACCCACUUAAAGCCUCCCUUCGAGCACUUUAUCCCAAAGAGAAACGAUAUUAUGUCGAAGAUUCUAAAGUAAAACUUCGAGAUUUAACAAAGAAACAUUUACCCCUUAUCCAACGUAAUAUUGAUCGUUUAACACCAUUUAUAGAUGAUUUUAAACGUGGUCAUCAAAUAUUUAAAAGAUUAUACUCCUGGGAAAGACCAUUUCUCUCAUUUAUUGCAUUGGUUCUAUUUGAAAUAAUUGUAUUAUAUGUUCAACCGUAUAUGGUGGGUUUAUCAAUUGCUUUUAUUAUGAUUAUAAUGCGUAUACCAAUUGGACUGACUACUCCAUUAUCGAUUACAUCACCGACAACAAAAUCAUUCACUCGUACGAGUAGAUCAAAAGAUUCAGAAAGUGAAGAAAAUGAUGACGAUCAGGAUAUAAUACAUCCAGAGAAUUAUGCUUAUUAUUCUGAUAUGGACAAUGAAGAUGAAGCUAUUUUAAGGAAAAAGAAGGACAAGAAAACCAGCUUCACAACAAAGCUGAAUAAAAUUCGUUCAAUCUUAGGUACAUUACAGGAUGCUGCAGAACAAAUUACAUCAUUUCUGGAAAGACUUGACUACUUAUGUCGAUGGAGGUAUCCAUGGCUAACCUGUCUGGCUGUAAUCAUUGUUCUCCUAGUCUCACUACUUCUCUAUCUUAUACCUUUAAGGUAUUUGAUUGUAGCAUAUACCAUUCGUAAAUUUACACGUGCUAUAAGAAAUCAACAUCGGCCGUCUACUACAAUAUUCCUUGGCAUUUUAAAUCGUGUUCCAAGUCGAAUGGAAAAAAUAUAUUACAGAGAACUACGGCCUAUAACUACUCCACCGACAAAUUUAAAGACACCUGGAGCUUUAUCAAGUGUCAAAGCAUCUGGACUACAAGUUUACUCUCGAAUGACUGGUUAUCACAGUAACGCUGAGUAGAUUGUCUCUACAUGCCCACGAUACUAGAAAUAACGGUGUACUAUGACUAUUACAUAUAUACAUGGUUUCUUUUCCUCCGACCCUUUAUUACCCCACCCCCCCCUCCUACUCAUUAUUCUUCCUCAUGAUUCCAUUUCCAGCCUUAUCCCUAUGGUGUUAUUGAUUUUUUUUUUACCGUACACUCUAUACAUCAAUAAAUUCAAGGUGCAUAUUGUUUGGUUUAUUUUUGAUGGAGGCUGACUGACAUACCUUCCUAAUCUGAUUGGUGGACAUCGUAUCAUGCUGAAAAGAGCCUCCAAUGUCCUUCAUCUUAUCAUCAUCAUCAUCAUAAUAAUAAUAAUAAUAAUUCUCAUCUGUCGUCUCUCGUAAUAAUAACUCCCCACUAAAUUAUCAUUCUUGUAAUCAUGAUUAUUGCCGGCAUUAAAAUUUCUUUUAUUCAUCUAAAAUGUUGAACAGCAUCCAAUUGUGAUGAUAUCACCUGGUCUUUCUUUAUCGGGGAGGAGUAAAAAUCAAUAUGAAAAACGAAUGUAAUCACUGAAGAUAUGAUUUUUAUUUUUUUUUUCUUUAAAAUGUAUACAUACACACAAACUGUACACCUUUUCAUUCAAUAUUCAAUGGAUACUUCUUAUUUGAUUCUAUUGUUAACUUCUUUGAUAUUUUUUUUUGUUUAUAUAAAUGAAGUGAACAAAGUACAAAUAUUGAACCAUUAAAUUUCUACUGGCGGGAAAGAUUAUUUUGAAUUAUUUUUUUAAAAUAUGAAAGUGGAGUAGUUGUUGUUUUUUUUAAUUUUUAAUUUUUAUUUUUUAAAUAAAUUGAUAAUUUUCCUUUAAU